AUGGACGUCAGCAUAGUCUCGGAUGGGCGCGGAGUGACUGUGUGGAAUGAGAAGAAGCAGAAUUAUGACGUUGAUGGAUAUUCCCUCGCCAUAACCUCAGCCCUACGAGCAAUCGGUUGGGAUGUCGACAUUUUGGUCCACCAGCCGAGGAUCAUUGUUUAUCAAGGGAUCUGCCUCUUCAAUCCGCCAAGGCCUUUACCGGACUGGGACUCCCUGGGGUCACAGUCAGCAACUUGUGUUUGCUUGCCAUUAUGGGCUAUCUGCGUACUGACGGCAUUUUUGUUCGUGGUACAUGGUGCUGAGUGUACAUUCUUGCUAUCGAAUCUCACACCAGACACAAGUUCAGCAACUCCAGACAGGGACAUCCAUCCUGCUUCGUUUCAAUGUGCUGGUUGCUUCCGGCAAUGUACACCACGACUCAUCUGGCAUUUCCGCACGAGUACACGGGAGAGACUCGUGGGGCUCAUGUGUGAAGAAUGUGGUAUGUGCUGCAAAUCGAAAGCUGGCUUAGUAGCCCACCAUCGAGAUCACGUCCAUGAAAGUGUUGGUAGGAACGUGGUCACCCACUUGGCCUGCGCUGAUUGUUCCCACUUUUUUUAA